GAUCGAGCCAGCAAAAAAAUCACACACAGUAGGUGGAGUUAACUCUUUACUAGAAGAAACAGGAUCUGCUCAGGAGUGCCGAGCCUAAUGAGCACAGCAAAUCUUCAUUGGUAGAUCUUGCCCCUAUGAGGUAGUGGACUGAGCUGGGAGGGAUGACCAGAAACUCACCCGGGGCUGAGUAGAGUUGUGGUCAGCAGUCCAGAUCAGCAGCGGUAGGUCCAAGCGAGGCAACCAAGCCCAGGGACUGGGCAAAAGCAGAGUCAGGAAACAGUCCGUGGGUCUAGCCAGGUAGUCAGAGGUCAGGAACACGCCAUGGGUUUGUCUGUAAACAGGAUCAAAGUCCAGUCCUAGGUCCAGGAGUCCAGCAAGGGGUCAGUACGGCAGGGAGCAAGGCAGGAAGCAGGGCAAGGCACAGGCGGGCUCACGGUAGCAACUAUGCUGCUCACGCAACUUGGGUCUCGGUCUGGCCAGCUUUUAUCUGCCCCGAGGCAUGGGGUGGCCCUGAUCCCCCGGUGACUCUCCUCUCCUUCUGGCCUGGAGGCGAGCACUCCUCCUGCAAGAACUUAGUUCCCUUCGCCUCUCUGCCCUGAGCCUCCUCAGCUCAGGAGAGGCUGGUUGGUUACUGGACCCAGGGGCAGCCUCGGCUUCCCCUGACGGGGCUAGGAGUGGAGCAGCUGCAGGCAAUGGGUCCUCCAUCACAUCGGGGCCCAGAGCAGACUCAGCUGAAGACUGCACCUGAGGAUCCUGCGCAGAGAUUUGACUGGGGGGUUCACUUCAGCAUGGACUUCACCAUCAAGGAGACCCUCUGUCAGAAAACGGACAAGUACAGGAUUGGGGACUGCAAACACAAACCGAAAGGGACCAUCAGGGACUGUUCUGCCGAGGUCUCAGUUCAUAACUUCAUGCAAGAUUCACCGCUGACAUCUGUGAAUUGCCACCCGUUGCAGGCAAACAACUCCAACAGCAGGAAUGCCAGACCCCAAGCAAUGGAGGCUGCCCAGCCCAGAAUAUUUGUGGAGCAGUACUUCCCAUCUUCCUUUUCUACUGCAGCUCUUACAGCCCCCGAAGAAGAGUAGAGGCACCCCCCCCCCCCAGCACUUGUCCGCCAAGCUGAGGGUCCCUCUCGGAGCUGUGGGAAUGUUAGGGAUGUGGAUUAGGAUAUAUUAUUAGAUAGAUCCUAUCCAAGCUUGUGUUAGCAAGCUUCCAAUAUCAGCAGAGUGACAUUCCCCUUUUGUGGGCAGCAAAGCGUGAGCGUUAGGUUUGUUAGAACCUCUGCAACAAUAUUAUACUUCAAUAUUAUACUUCCUGGCAAAUCCCCCUUUUCCCUCUUAAAAGAAACACAACACAAUAGUAUUAAAAUAAGAUAGAGUUUACUCACAUGACAUCCUGAGUUAACAGUGUAAUCUCAGAAAGGCAGGCUUACAUAGAAAAGUUACAAAUAUAUACAUCUGGAGACUACUUAGUAGAGUAAGGCUCCAUCUGGUCUCUCUCUUGGCAGCAGGCCGAGAGGGAGAACCAUCCUAACUGUAGAUUCUCUGGAGAUGUGUUCCCAUGAAAGGAGAAAUGGCUAAGAGAGAGAAUGGCUGCUGGCUAGGGGCUUUUGUUUACCAGCUAAUCCAUCUCAUCCGCAUAUCUGGAGGAACAGGAACUGAGCUUUAGUCAGGUGCUCCCCCAGGUGAGUUCCUCUUAGUGGACACUCUAGGAACUGUUGUGACUUGUCUGCCCCAAUGUUCCAUCCCACAGGAGCUAGGGUCUUUCUGAAAGCCCUUUGGUCCCAUGGACAUCUAUCGUUGAUUUUCCAAACACGUUCAGCUGGUAGAAUAUUACUGUAGACUUGUGAUAUUGUUAGUGUACGAAGAUGCCACUGAGGUUUCUGUGUGUUUUAUAUACGAGCUUAUUGAUAAAGGAAUUUGUAUUGGGACGCGGGUGGCGCUGUGGUCUAAACCACAGAGCCGAGGGCUUGCUGAUCAGAAGGUCGGCGGUUCGAAUCCCCGCCACGGGGUGAGCUCCCAUUGCUCGGUCCCUGCUCCUGCCAGCCUAGGAGGUCGAAAGCACGUCAAAGUGCAAGUAGAUAAAUAGGUACCGCUCUGGCAGGAAGGUAAACGGCGUUUCCGUGCGCUGCUCUGGUUCGCCAGAAUCGGCUUAGUCAUGCUGGCCGCCUGACCUGGAAGCUGUCUGUGGACAAAUGCCGGCUCCCUCGGCCAGAAAAACGAGAUGAGCGCCGCAACCCCAGAGUCAUCCACGACUAGACCUAACAGUCAGGGGUUCCUUUACCUUUACCUAAUACAACUCUACACAUUUGUAUACUAAUGUGUGGAAAUCUAACUGACAUUUGUAAUUAUUUUUAUAUUCGUUCACUUUUUUCUCCCUUCACCGCUUUUUUUAUAAGGGAAAUUCUUAUAAUAUAAUGGGGGAGGGGGGAAUAAUUGAUUUCCUGAACUCAUUUCGCUGGUAGAGUAUUACUGUAGACUCAUUGUAUCCAAAUAUUGUUAGUAUUCUAGGAUGUGACUGAGGGGUGUGUAUGUUUUAAAUGUUGCAUUUUUCCAACACCACCGUAAAGGGUUUGACAGUCACUCUGGUUCUCAUAGACCAGCGUUUCCCCAACUUGAAUCUCGUGGGUCGUGGCCUGAAAUAGUGGCUGCUUUUAAUCUUAGUGCAAUAAAUACUUUUUACAACUGUG